CUUGCCCAGACGCCUCCGCUCCCCAAGCCCAGAGCGCAGAGGAGAAGAGGAGGACUCGGAGACUCAGACGGCUCUUGACUUCCCGACUUGCUCGUCUCCCCUAUCCAGCCUUGCCAGACCCCCAACUUCCCCCCCCCCUCCAAGUCCUUCCGCGCGCGAUCGCCCGCCUUUCCUGCUUUUGUUUUCAGCCCCGCGCCGAGGAGGAAAGCCUGCCGUCGGAGCGCAGCCAUGGCGCAGUUUGGACUUCGGGGUUGGCUCUUCGCCGUGGCCUUGAGCGCGACUCUCCGCUUCGGGCGAGCAGAAUACGAGUACAUAAUAAGAGUAAAUCAGGGGUGUCCAACUUUGGCAACUUUAAGCCUUGUGGACUCCAACUCCCAGAAUUCCCCAGCCACGAACAGUGAGCUCUUGCGGUUUAAGGCUCGCAAUCAACGUUGCUCUUUCUCCCAUCCCCAGUGGCUCCGUGCUUGGAUCUCUCUGGACCAGUCUCACAACUUGCGUUGCUGGUUUUAUGACGUCGAUGUGAGUCGCGACAACGGGCGCCUCCUGCUGACCAUCAGCGACAUCCAAACUUGGCACGCCGGACCCUAUCGCUGUGCCAGCCUGAACGCCACCGACAACACCACCGUCUCGGAUGAACUGGACUUGAAGAUGGAGUAUCUGCACAACGUCUUUAUCAGCCACCCCAACUCCUGGUGUGGCACUGUAGGGGAAUCCAUCUCGGUCCUUGAAGGAGACAACCUGCAACUUCAGUGUUCAGCAGACGCCUCCCAGGCACCAGUCUAUGAGUGGACUCGAGAGGGAGAUGACUGGAUCCUGCCCUCGGGUUCCUUAAAUCUCUCCAAGCUCACCCAGGAGCAAGCCGGGACCUAUACUUGCCAGGCCCACCAUCCAACUUUGCCUAAGUUGACCAAGAGCAAAUCAGUCCGCGUGGUCGUGGAGAGCGCCAAGCGCAGCUUUAGUUUUGAGUCCGUGCUGUCCCUCAGCACCCCGAUGCUGGCCCUGGCCGUGGCCCUCCCAGCCGUGCUGUUGCUCUUGCUGAUCUUGGUCUUCGCCUUCCUCAUUCCCCGUCACCGGGCAGCCGUCCAGAAGAAAAUGGCUUUGGCGGAAUCCGGCCAGCGAACCCCCAUUUACAAAGGCAGCCUCGACUCUGUGCCUUCUGUCGCGGGAGACACCCAGCCUCUGGUGAUGUGAAGCAGAUACACCGGAUGAAACGAACUUUUUCAAGAUCCAACUUUUUUCCCUGUAUUGAUUAUGGACUGGCGGCAAUAUCCUUGGUGUACAGUAACGUUGUUUUUGUGUAUAUUUGGGAGAAUUGUUAUCUUGACUUUUUUUGGGGGGGUGGGGGGACCUGUUUGGAAGAAAUUGAGAGUGGGGGCAGCAAUGAUGUUGGGAGUUCCUAUGAAUUUCUCCUUUCCAGCUACAAUCUGCUCUUUGCCUGCCAUUCUGUUACUAGGCUAAAAUGCUCUUUUUUUCUAUGGCUCACUUGGCCAAUAGCUACAAUAUCUGCUUGUUCUCCAGCCGAAGAAAAUUUGUAAUAAAGAGAGAAGCCUUAUUUAAAAAACGAAA